AUGGCCGCAAUGAAUGGAGGCGGCAAAGGGAAGAAAGAUGACAACGGCAUCGGCACUGCGAUCGACUUCAUGCUUUCCAACGCUAAGCUUGUUUUGGGGGUCGGCGGAGCGGCCAUGCUCGGCAUCGCGACGCUUGCUGUCAAAAGAAUGUACGACCGUGCCAUCAGUGCUCCCACCAGUCCCACCAAGAUGGAGCAGAAAGGAAAACAAAGCUGGGAAGAGCCAGCCUGGGUGGGUUCGUCCCCACGGGUUCUGAACCACAACAUGAAGGCCACCAUUAGCAGGUCACUUCAGUCCCUGCCUACUGCCUCCAGUUCUUUUGAAUCAGACUGUCUGCGCAGGGCUGUGGGUCGAGCCGCAGCCAAAGGGAGCGGGCCCACUCAGGCCGACCUGCUCCGUGCUCGGAUGCGGCUCUCCCUGCAGGAGCGUCUUUGGGAUUUCUACCAGAACAACGUGGACAUUCCCGCCGAGGAGCAGGCUGUGGCUCGGCGAGCAGCGUUGGACAUUUGCGCGGAGCUCCGAGUGUUCCUCCACGCCAAACUUCCCGACAUGCCGCUUCGGGAGAUGUACCUAAGCGGCAGCCUCUACGACGACCUGCAGGUGGUGACAGCAGACCACGCCCAGCUCAUGGUGCCUCUAAUCCUGGAGAAGAAUUUAUGGUCGUCCAUACCCGGAGAGGACACGAUCAUGAACGUUCCAGGUUUCUGGCUGAUCCGCAGGGAGAAUUUAGAAUAUUUCCCACGGAACAGCAGCUACUGGGACCGUUGUAUGGUGGGAGGUUACCUGUCGCCCAAAUCAGUCCUUGAAGUCUUUGACAAGCUGAUUGGGACCAUCAACUGGCCCGCCAUCGGCAGCGUCCUGGACUAUGUCAUUCGUCCCGUGGUCCCCUCAGAAACGCUGACCUUGGAGGUGCAGUACGAGACGAACCGAAAGCUUUACGUGGACUUUUUGCCCUUACUCAUGAUGGAGGACGGCACUUCUCUUAUAGCCAAACCGCAUCGGCUCGCCGCCGAGCGCCACGAAAAUCUUUGGAGGCAGAGUUUCCGAGUGACCGAGACGGCACGUCUCAGGGCCUUGGAUCAAGAAGACGGAGGCUACCGCUGCGCCUGCCUCAAGGUGGCCAAGGCCAUGUGCAAGCUCAAUCCCGCCCUCAACCGGCUUAACGCCAGCCAGCUCACCAACGCUAUCUUGCUGCUGAGCGAAAGACGAGCCAACUGGAGCCACGAGGCGCUGGCCGACAACUUCCUACAGCUGCUAAAGGAGCUGGUGGGUUACCUGGAGGCGGGGCGACUGCCCUGCGCCCUCAGCCCAAAAGUGAACUUAUUCUGCGAACUGACCGAGCGGGAAGUGGAUGAACUGGGCUACACGCUCUACUGCGCGCUUUCGGAACCCGAAACGCUCCUGGUGACGGAAGAGGCGCAGCGUCCCCAUCCUUCCUAAAAAGAUCCAAACGUACGCGCUACUCCCUCGGUAAGUCGUUCUUCAGGUCACGUUGAUCGUUUUUCAGAACCGAUACCACGCUUGACGAUGACAUCUGAGUAAAUCGCCCUGUCCGUGGCUUCCACUUGGUCACUUGUGUGUGUUAAUCCAAAUUUACUUUUAAUCUCCAAUGCCCAUCUCAAACCUGAGAGCGAUGGUGUCGAAUGAAGUCGGUGGAUGUUUCAUGCAAAGGUCAAAGCUCCACACAACAUUGAAUUACUCUGCAUCAGAUUAUAGCGCUUUUAAACUGAUUGGACAGUUUUUAGGAGAACAGACAACUCUCAUGCAUUUUAUGAUAGAUAGGCACGGUUAUGGAGAUGAUGGAUCUGCGACGCUGCGUCAAAACCAUAGAAUGUCAUGUUUAUUGUCUGUAUGUCAACACAAAAGCUAAUAAAAUGGGAAUAAGCGACUUUGCCAAAAGACUCAAGGUUGCUCAAUUAGAUAAGAAUUUUGUCAUGUCAAGGUUUUCAGAAUUUUUUUUCUGGGAACAUUUUUCAACAUUUCUACCCGUCCCCCAUUAGGAACACGUAUUGAAUAUUUAUCUGUGUUUUUUUCAGAAUUUUGUGGGGUCGUAGAAAAAAAAUGGAACCCUAGAGGUAUCCGUGACACCCCCACCCAAAACAAAUGUGCUAGCUUCACCAGUGGUGUUGGAUUUACUGACAAUCUCAAUGUCUUUCUCUGCAUGUUAAGUAAGUCUUCCUGUGUAAACAUAGUUUAAGCACAAAAAAUGAGGAAGUCACUGUGCCAUCAUUUGUUCAUUGGAUUCAAAACCCAAAGUAGAUUCUACCUCAUCCUCGUGGGGUUCACACUAGUCAUGUGCUGCCAUCUUGCAUGCUGUGCUCGAUCCCCAGCUUUAUUUUAUUUGAAGUACGGAGCAGUGCAACAUAUAAAUAAAAGUGACAAAUGGAUUUUCAAAAUCGUU